AUGAGUCUGUUUAUGGACAUACUCGUCCUGUCAACCGCCUGGACCCAUGUCCUCCUUACAUCCUUCACCAAAGUCGAAGAGAGCUUCAACCUCCACGCGACGCACGAUGUGCUCAUGUACGGCCUGAACGCGUCAAAUCUUCCAAAGUACGACCAUUUCGUGUUCCCUGGUGCGGUACCGCGCUCGUUCUUAGGCAGCAUCCUUUUGGCUUGGUGCUCGCGACCUGCCAUUUACCUGCUAAAAUCACUUGACGCUAUCUCGUCAAAAGCAGACCUUCUAAUUAUUGUCAGGCUGGUCCUUGCAACACUGAACACCAUCGGUCUGUGUACACUUCGACGGGCAGUCUCCAAGCGUUUCGGCUUCUCGACAGGCGCGUUCUUCACCUUCCUCACAUGCAGCCAAUUCCAUCUCCCAUUCUGGAUGGGUCGAACUCUUCCAAAUAUGUUUGCUUUACUUCCCGUUAACAUUGCAUACAGCUACGUCAUAUCCCGCAUGCCAAACAGUAGACGACCGGCUCCGGAGAACGUCAGUAAAGCAAUCUCGCUCUUGACGUUUACAGCAGUCGUCUUCCGAGCAGAGAUCGCCGGACUUCUAGGUCCACUUGCUCUCCAAGCCCUACUUGCGCGCUGGAUCUCGUUCCGGGUGGCCCUGAGAUCGCCGCUGAUCGCCGCUCUCGCAUCCAUCACGUUAACCACGCUCCUCGAUUCCUACUUCUGGCAACAAUGGCCCCUCUGGCCAGAACUCUACAGCGUCUACUUCAACGUAUACCAAAAUAAAUCAGUGGAAUGGGGCGUUUCUCCAUUUCAUGCGUACUUCAGUACGCACUUGCCGAAGUUGCUAUUGAGUAGCGCUCCGUUAGCGUGCCUUGGAUUGCUGGUUGAACCGCGCGUUAGGAGUUUACUAGUCUCGCCGUUGGUUUUUAUCGGGCUUCUUAGCUGUCUUGGACACAAAGAGUGGAGGUUUAUCGUUUAUGUCGUUCCGCUGUUUAAUAUAGCGGCUGCGCGGGGCGCGUAUUGGAUGAGUCGACAACCGAUACGUACUAUCAUAGGCCGGUUAUGCCUCCUCGUCCUCCUAGGAUGCGUAGCAGCAAACGCCAUAGUCACGAAUACCUUGGUCAAAGUAUCAAUGGCGAACUAUCCAGGUGGACUAGCGCUCGUGCGGUUCAACGAGCUGUUCGCCGAUACGCCCAAUGUGCACGUACACAUCGACAACCUCGCCGCCCAAACAGGCGCCUCACUCUUCCUACACAUCCACUCCCCUCCUCCCUUCCCAUUCCCAUCUCCGUCUUCAUCAUCUUCUUCCACCCCCUUCCCCUGGCCCUUCCGACAUGUACACUCCCCAUCAACAUCCACCUAUCUUUCUUCCCUCUUUUCUCCUUCCCUCCCUUCCCCUUCCCAUCGUAAAGAUAAAUAUCAACCAGGCCAACUAAACUGGACAUACAACAAAACAGAGAACCUCCUCCCCUCUACCAUGACCUCCACACCCCACUUCACACACCUCAUCACCGAGUCUCCUAACGACUUCUCUAGUUCUGCGUGGAAGACGGUUGAGUGUGUGAAGGCGUUUGACGGGUUUCGUUUUACGAGGGGAGAAGGAGCGGUGGAUGGAGAAGGGGAAGCAUUAGGAGCAUUAUGGGAGAAGAUUCCGAGGUUCAGUAUCAUGUAUUCUGAUAAGCUGUGUAUUUUGAGUAGGCAGUGA